CUGCCAGGCGCGCGCACCACCGUUUCACGCGAGCGCGCGGUAACUGAAGGCGAAACCAGGAAGGCGAUACGGCGGGCCUCAAAAAUGGAUCACAGCGCUUUGUUCCCGGCUUUGGAGAAAGUGUGUGAGGACAACAUCUCCAUCUUGUGCGGCCCCUCUGAUAUGCCGUAUGGGACUGUUACCAAGCGCCUGGUCACCUGUCUGAAGAAAAUUCAGGAGCACGGCCGCGCCUUGGAGCCUUUGGUGUCCAGCUUUGCUGCCGUCUAUCACCACUAUGACUUGGAUGCUCAAACACCGGGGAACGGUUACCGCUCGCUAGUUAAGAUUCUGCAGUCUUGCAUUUUGCACAUCAUUCAUAAAGGCCGUUACAUCUCUUCAAACUACAACGGUGCUUUCUUCAGAGCGGAGCACAACGCCUCAGAGAUGGAGGCGUACUGCAACACCCUCUGCCAGCUGAGGGCGCUGCUCCACGUCGCCCAGAUGCUGCUAAAUGACAACGAGUAUGGCCAGCUGCACAACCUGCAGGACGAGGAGCUGAGCAGCAGGUUUGUGCAGGAGUACAUGUCCAUGCACAAAGCCUGCUUCUACGGUCGCUGCCUUGGCUUCCAGUUCAGCCCAGCCCUGCGUCCGUUUCUGCAGACCAUCAUCAUCAGCAUGGUUUCAUAUGGAGAGACAUUUGGGAAACAGCAGUCGGGCGUUGGCACAGCUGCUCGCUCUCUUCUCACGUCAGGGAAGUACGUUGUCAAUCCAGAGCUGCGGGGAGCUGAGUUUGAACGCAUCACCCAGAACCUGGACCUGCAGUUCUGGAAGUCCUUCUGGAACAUCACAGAGUCUGACAUUUUAUCAGGCUUCACCCGAAUUGCCUCCAACACGGUUCAGGUAAACCUCACCCUGACCGUGCCUCCAGUCACUCUGCACCUACCUCUGGCCUCAGAUCACAGACUCUCCACUGCAGUGUCACCUCCCGUCGCCCACUGGGGCCCAGGGCCUGUCCACAUGCGACUGAUCUCCUACGAGCUUCGAGAAGGACAGGACAGUGAAGAGCUGCAGACAUUCUUUCGCAGCGACAACGCUCCCAUCUCAGUGAGUCACCUCCCCUGGGUUCAAAAGCUGCCUCUCUCCCCCUGGCUAAUCCUCCAUUUUCACGGCGGAGGCUUUGUGGCCCAGACGUCCCGUUCCCAUGAGAGUUACCUUCGGAACUGGUCAAAGGAGCUCGGUGUCCCGGUCCUCUCUGUCGACUACUCUCUGUCACCCGAGGCUCCCUUUCCCCGAGCCCUGGAGGAGUGUUUCUACGCGUACUGCUGGGCCCUGAACAACUGUCACCUGCUGGGCUCCACGGCAGAGCGCAUCUGUCUGGCCGGUGACAGCGCUGGAGGAAACCUAUGCAUCACCGUGUCGAUGCGAGCGCUGGCCGCCGGCAUCAGGGUACCUGAUGGCAUCAUGGCGGCCUACCCCGCCACCCUGCUCACCACUGAUGCCUCGCCGUCCCGCCUGCUCACCCUCCUCGACCCCCUGCUACCUUUAGGCGUUCUCGCAAGGUGCCUUAAUGCCUAUGCAGGUACCAACUUUCAGACGGUGCAGCCCUCAGAGAGGAGGGGCAGCCUGAGUGCUCUGGGCAGAGACACGGCCCUGCUGCUCUCUGACCUCACCCAGGGCGCCUCCAAGUGGAUCCAGUCCUUCCUGGACCCCAACCGGAGCUCAGGGGUCAAGCGUUCCCAGUCCACACCACAGAUGAGGUCUGAGACCCACUGGACACCCACUCACACCCCUGUGCCAGACCAUGACCACCACGUCAGUUACCCAGAAGGCUUUGAGCCCCUGCGCUCCCAGAACCUGGCUUUUAUUCCCCCAACAUCGUCCCCUAUCUUCAGAAAUCCAUUUGUGUCACCACUGCUGGCCCCACCCAACCUACUGAAAGGCCUGCCCCCCAUCCACAUUGUGGCCUCAGCUCUGGACGCUCUGCUGGACGACUCUGUGACCUUCGCCAAGAAGCUGCGAGGGCUGGGCCAGCCGGUGAGCCUGACGGUGGUGGAGGACCUUCCUCACGGCUUCCUCAGCCUGUCGCACAUCUGCAAAGAGACGCAGUUCGCUGCCGACGUUUGCGUUUCCCGAAUCAGAGAGGUUUUUGAGCAGGAGAAAGCCACAAACGUGCUUCACAAAAUGACCACGGUGCAAGACGGUCCCCAGCGCGCCUUUUCCUGAUGCUGAGCUGCUCUGUUUGCAAUAACCUCCCAAAAAACACUAAUUUCUGAAAAUCUUCAGGUUGUUAUCCUCAAACAAAGUCGGAAGAACAACAUCCUCACAGUUUUAUUACUUUCACAGCAAUAUGUCAAUCACUGCUGAGGCUCACUCGAACAUUUUUAAAAACUUUCAUUUCUAAAGGGGAGACUUUCUGGCUUUCACUGCACUUUAAGCCCGUCCUGCUCAGCACUUUCUGGAGGCCACAGCGUUCCAGAGAACCGGCCGCAGGACCCCAAUUCCCAACGACAGUUUCCUUCAGAGCGGCUCCAGUCUCCUCAUCACUGCAGACACCCGAAAGCUAAUGUCAGGGUUUUAUUUAAGCAGGAAUCACACUCCACUAUUCACUCUUUGCUGCUAUUUAUUUCCUGAUAAACCUGUUUGUUACAUAUUUACCACAGACUGUCAACAAGGCCUGCAACAUGUGUUUACUUGCAGCUUGAGGAUGUGAGCUUUAAGGAACUGUCUGUAAAAAGAAAAAACAAAACUGCUGCUUCAGUUUUUGUAACCUGCAUUAAAUCAACAUCGUAGCUGUUGUUUAUGCUCAUUUCAGUGUACUUUAUUCUGAAAAGCAAAUGGGAAGUGUUUACGUUUUUUAGAGCAGCCUGUUUGCUUGUCAAAGUCAAAGAUCCAUUUUUUUCCUGCUUUACUUAUCCCUCAAUAUGAGCAGACAGAGAGGGGAUGAAAAUCAGCGUAACACCAAAGCUCACCCUCAACAAAACAGCUUCGGAAUUCUACAAGAUCUUCCCAGUUUAUAAUAGAUUAAAAACGGUUUUAAAAAAAA